GGGGGGGCGGCACAGGUCAGCACCUGCCUGACAGCUUCAGCCUCUGCUCUCAGCAAGACUCGUCAGUGGUCGUUCCCUGUCACCUUGGAAAAAAAUUUUAAAAAAGGAAGAAGAAAAGAGACACUGCUACCUACAACUCAUCAGCAAGUCCACUAAGCUUAUUAUAUAUAUAUAUUUAAACGUAGUAGAAGCCACCGCAGCUGAAGCUGGUCCCCAGGUAGCAUGAAUAGCAUGAACCAGAUAGAAACAAACAUGCAGUACACCUACAACUACGAAGAAGAUGAGUACAUGACCCAAGAAGAAGAAUGGGACAGGGACCUGCUCCUGGACCCAGCAUGGGAGAAACAGCAAAGGAAGACAUUUACAGCCUGGUGCAAUUCCCACCUCAGGAAAGCAGGCACGCAGAUUGAGAACAUUGAGGAGGAUUUCAGAAAUGGCCUUAAACUGAUGCUCCUCUUGGAAGUUAUCUCAGGGGAAAGACUACCAAAACCAGACAGAGGGAAGAUGCGCUUCCAUAAAAUUGCUAAUGUCAACAAAGCUCUGGAUUAUAUCGCCAGCAAAGGAGUGAAACUUGUGUCAAUUGGUGCAGAAGAAAUUGUUGAUGGCAAUGUGAAAAUGACACUGGGUAUGAUCUGGACUAUCAUCCUUCGCUUUGCUAUUCAGGAUAUUUCAGUGGAAGAGACCUCUGCCAAAGAAGGGCUGCUGCUGUGGUGUCAAAGAAAAACUGCUCCUUACAGAAAUGUGAACAUUCAGAACUUCCAUCUGAGCUGGAAAGAUGGCCUUGGAUUAUGUGCACUUAUCCACAGACACCGACCUGAUCUUAUUGACUACUCCAAGCUAAAUAAGGAUGACCCCAUAGGAAAUAUCAACCUUGCCAUGGAAAUUGCUGAAAAGCAUUUGGAUAUCCCUAAAAUGUUGGAUGCAGAAGAUAUUGUGAACACUCCCAAACCCGAUGAGAGAGCUAUCAUGACAUAUGUGUCCUGCUUCUACCAUGCUUUUGCUGGAGCAGAGCAGGCCGAGACUGCAGCUAACCGCAUCUGUAAGGUUCUUGCUGUGAAUCAGGAAAAUGAGAGGUUGAUGGAAGAGUAUGAGAGACUAGCAAGUGAGCUUUUAGAAUGGAUUCGCCGGACAAUUCCUUGGCUGGAAAACAGGACCCCAGAAAAGACAAUGCAGGCUAUGCAGAAGAAAUUAGAGGAUUUCCGGGACUACCGCCGCAAACACAAACCUCCCAAAGUCCAAGAGAAAUGUCAACUGGAGAUCAAUUUCAACACCCUGCAGACAAAACUGAGAAUAAGCAACCGGCCAGCUUUCAUGCCAUCAGAGGGGAAAAUGGUUUCAGAUAUUGCGGGCGCUUGGCAGAGACUAGAACAAGCUGAGAAAGGCUAUGAGGAGUGGCUGCUGAAUGAAAUACGGAGACUGGAAAGACUGGAACACUUGGCUGAGAAAUUCAGGCAGAAGGCUUCCACCCAUGAACAGUGGGCAUAUGGCAAAGAGCAGACCUUGCUUCAGAAGGAUUAUGAAUCUGCUUCUCUGACAGAAGUCCGCGCCAUGUUAAGGAAACAUGAAGCUUUUGAGAGUGAUUUGGCUGCUCACCAGGACAGGGUGGAACAGAUCGCUGCCAUUGCCCAGGAGCUGAAUGAACUGGACUACCACGAUGCGGCGAGUGUCAAUGAUAGAUGCCAAAAGAUAUGUGACCAAUGGGACAGCCUGGGAACACUUACUCAGAAAAGGAGAGAGGCACUGGAGAGGACGGAGAAAUUGCUUGAAACAAUUGAUCAGCUUCACCUGGAGUUUGCCAAAAGAGCUGCUCCUUUCAACAACUGGAUGGAAGGUGCUAUGGAAGACCUACAGGAUAUGUUUAUUGUUCAUAGCAUAGAGGAAAUUCAGAGUUUAAUCUCCGCACACGAUCAAUUUAAAGCUACUUUACCAGAGGCAGAUGGUGAAAGACAGGCCAUACUGUCAAUCCAGAAUGAAGUUGAAAAAGUUAUUCAGAGUUACAGCAUGAGGAUAAGCGCCAGCAACCCUUACAGCACUAUUACUGUGGAUGAGAUUCGUAGCAAGUGGGAAAAGGUGAAGCAGCUAGUGCCUCAGAGGGAUCAAUCCUUGCAGGAGGAGCUUGCCCGCCAGCACGCCAAUGAGCGCCUGCGUCGCCAGUUUGCUGCUCAGGCCAAUGUCAUUGGGCCAUGGAUCCAGACCAAGAUGGAGGAAAUUGCCCGCAGCUCUAUUGAAAUGACAGGGCCUUUGGAGGACCAGAUGAAUCAGCUGAAGCAAUAUGAGCACAAUAUCAUUAAUUAUAAACACAACAUUGACAAACUGGAAGGAGAUCAUCAGCUUAUACAAGAAGCUCUGGUGUUUGACAACAAGCACACCAACUACACUAUGGAGCACAUCCGUGUUGGAUGGGAGCUCCUGCUUACCACCAUUGCUCGAACUAUCAAUGAGGUUGAGACUCAGAUCCUCACAAGAGAUGCCAAGGGUAUCACCCAGGAACAAAUGAAUGACUUCAGAGCAUCAUUCAAUCAUUUUGACAGGAGGAAGAAUGGAUUGAUGGACCAUGACGAUUUCAGAGCUUGCUUAAUUUCAAUGGGUUAUGAUUUGGGUGAAGCUGAGUUUGCCCGAAUCAUGUCUCUGGUUGAUCCCAAUGGGCAAGGAACUGUGACUUUCCAGUCCUUCAUUGACUUCAUGACCAGAGAAACGGCAGACACAGACACGGCUGAGCAAGUGAUCGCUUCCUUCAGAAUCCUGGCUUCAGAUAAGCCUUAUAUCUUGGCAGAUGAGCUACGUCGAGAGCUGCCUCCUGAGCAGGCUCAGUACUGCAUCAAGAGAAUGCCUCCGUAUACUGGCCCAGGUUCUGUUCCUGGGGCUCUGGAUUACACCUCUUUCUCAUCAGCACUGUAUGGAGAGAGCGACCUCUGAUUGGAUAACUUGCCAUAUUUGUAUACCCACCUUAUUGCCCAGAUUGCUUCUCAAAAGCUUUGACAAGCUGAUUUUAAAAAAGUUUUACAAAUACAGUAGGUAUUGUCAGUGUUAAGUGCUAGUAACUAAAGUAAUAGUGUAUAUUAAAAUGUGUGGCACACUAGAUUUCUGCCUUGUUAGUUUUAGGUUGUCUGUCCUAUACAAUGUUAUGAAAUAUAU